AGUCUCCAACAAUUGCCAGCUUCACGGAGCAAACGCUGACAGCCAGAUAGCUUGAAGAAGUGCAUUUUUCCCCCUAUUUUGAAUGCACAGAUGUCGCGAAAAUUUAAGAGGUUAGGCUAGUAACUGGAUACUAUUUAGCCGACAAUCUAGCAAAAAAUAUCAGCAAGCUACCCUACUGAUGUCACGUUAUUAGUUUUAUAUUUGGGUACCUAGCAACCUAGCUUAAACUGUUGUAGCUCACUAAAAGGAGCGUCACCUGUUAGCUCGCUACUUAGCUUGCUAAAGACAAGUAACGACAUAUGCUGUCAUUUUAGCAGCCUAAUAUUAGCUUGGUCGUUCUAUCUAGCUAGUUGGUAACGGUAGUCUGCAAGAUGUAUUCGUAGGCUGUAUCGAUAGCUAGAUAGCUGUUUGUACCCGUCUUGCACAGCCAGAUUGUUUUUAAAAGCAGUCCAAAAACAGUUUGGUUAGUAGCGACGUAACUAGGUAUCGAUAUAGCAGAAACAAAUCCACAGGACAUUUUCUAAACCCUGUUGCAGUAUUUUUAAAUAUCCAAGUAUGGGAAUGUGCUUUCCCUGCCUUGGUGGAGCUGCUGAUGACGUAGUUGUGACGCCGGAUCCUGACACAAAAAGAAGACAAUUAGCAGAGGCAGCUGAGAAGAGACAAAAGGAGACAACCCACCGAGGAAUCAAAAAACCAGAGGCAGUGGAGAGGAAGAAGAAAAAACAGGAGGAGAUGGAAAAGCAGGCCAUGAUGACCACACCCACAGGGGGUGGGGGACUGAGGUGGCAAGUGGGCUAAAGCUGAAGAGGGGUAACAAGGUCAACCAACUUGGACAGUGUUACCAGUUGACUUGAGAAGCUCUUUGAUUUGUUAUUGAAGUUACCAAGAGUCAUUUGUGUAGGAUCUAGGAACAGAUGUGCCAGGCUUCGCACUGCAGGAUUGACCCUGCCUAGCUUCCUGAUUCGCCAGAGCGCUUUGCAAGACACGCUCAAUGGAUGAUGCCAACUAUAGAAUGCUAAUGGGUCAUUGGAACAGCAUGAGCAUACACGCAGGACAUUCACACACUACAGAACUCAUCAGAAGGGCCUCAGUUUUCCACACAAUUUAAAGAAGUAUAACACAGUGAAGAUUUACCCAUAGCCAUGUACUGUAAUGUACCGUAUCAGAUUUUAAUUUGAAACCAUACCUUUAGCUUUUCUUUCAAAAUUGCAACUUUUUUACCUUUAUGCUUUUUCUGAUUUGUAUUUUUCUUAAUGGCUUUUUGAAACUUAAUAUUUAAGACUUCUGUGUUUUUGAUUUAAUGAGAGAAUAUAUAGCCAUGCUAAAAUUGCUAGGUCUACACAGAGCAAGCACAAUGAGUGUCAUAUUUUUUAUAGAUUGAUGUGAAUAUUCACCUUUUGUAUAAAACCAAACUGAUAUUCUGAAACAUGAUCUUUUCUAUGAUGAUCAUAAACACUGAAUGGACUAUUUUUAUAGAAUCCUCAGGUGUCACAGAUCAUUUAUUGUGUUAAUUAGAGGAAGGAAUCUGAAGCUUUGAGGAACUUUAUGAAAUAAGACUAUGUUUAUGUUUGAAAUAUUUUGUUUCUUUAUGGUGAGAUCACAACCUUGAUAUGACCUUGCCACCUGGUUUCAUUUGAUUUUAAAUCUUUGCUUGACAUGGUUGUUUGAGACUUUACUCCCCUCUCUUGAUGUUGACUUGCUGAUAAUUGUACACUAAUGAAGUAUGUAUACUGAGCUGUUGUGAAGUCCACUGUCACUGUUCUGAGACAAGAGUAAUAAAUUGGCUUAAAUUAAUAUUUAUGGCUGAAUUAAAAUAAAUCUGCUGUGUGUGGCAUGGAGUUUUGUGCACUGUAUGUGAUCAAGUUUUGUCUGUACAGAUCUGUGUUUCACUGCCUGAGCUGUGUUUACAUUAAUUGUUUCUCACCCCCUUACCUUGUUAUUCAAAUGCACAUGCAACUUAGAGGGUGAGGAGGGGGCUUAGUCUUUGUCUUUUGUCUGUGUCGGGCAAGUGUAUUGUUAGUAUAAUAGUGGCAUAUUAAUAAACUUUUGUUAAGGUG